AAGCUGAAGAGAGCUCCUGUGUUCCUAAGGCAUUCUGAAACCCUAGGCUGAACCGUGUGCUAGUUUGUAACAGGUCUCAAAAUAAUUUUGGGGUUUUUUUUGUAACUUUAAAAUGCUUGAGUCCUCUAAAGAGUCGAGCUUCUGUGUUCUCUGAUUUCAUAUAGUCUUCCUCAUAAGCUAUGUGUGGUGGUGUUGUAUUGCUUGCAAAUAUUAGUUAACUAAGGAGACAUCUAAGUGUGGGAGGAAAUUCUGUCUUGUGAAUUUUAUAUGGCUCUGAAUGCAAACUCACACAUAAGGAUUUUGGUGGGGUUGUUUUUGCUACUUAUCAUUUGGUUUAAGCGUAGGAAGCAGGGUGUCACUGAAAUACUUGGUUUACUAUGUUAGUUAGUUGUCGUUGUUCUUAAGUAUGGUAUAAAGUACAAAUCCUGAAUUAAUGGAGUUCUUAUUGUAAUGUGUAACACAUGCAUUAGCAUUAAGAAGUGCUUUCUUUGUGAAGCAUAGAAUGUCUGAAUGUGUGAAGCUUUUUUUUUCUUCUUCUUUUUGUGUGUGUGUGACUUCUUGUUCAAGGCUAAUUCACCGAAGGCUUUUUUGUUUAAUUGGCUUUAGUGCAUGGUACAAGGUUGCCUUGAAGGACUAAUAUUGAGAGCUGUGUACAAAAGCUUGCUUAGCAAAGCCCAACAGAAGUAUUUGACCUUGAUAGCAAUGUCGGUUUUCUACUUUCUGUCUGGAAGACAGCAGCUUUCUUCUGUUUUCCUUGGGCAAGGAGAGGAGUGUCUGCUAAACUCUGACAGACCAUAAAAAUAAUUAAGUCAUCUAGUUUUUAAAGUGGUAGAUAAUGAUCACUUCUCUCUUUCAGUGUUCGAAGAAAAAUGAAUACUGCCUCAACUUCAGAAAGUGGAUCAUAUUCCACAAACCACCCAAGACCCUUUUUUUAUGCGCAGCCAUCAACUCAACAGCCUUAUCCAAAUCCAUGGUACCUCAGUCAUGCAUACAGUCCAUACUGUGUACCUGCUCCAGGCUUCCGAAGUGGAAAUCCAUAUUUUCCGUUUUAUUCUGUUGCGCUCCAUGAGUACCCUGGAUUUUUUGUUCCACAGCAUCCAGUGCAUGCAAGAAUUAACAGAAGGCCUUAUUUUAAUGCUGCCCCACCUUCCCCGAUGUUUUAUCAUGCAACAAGAUUUAGACAUUAUAAUAGCCCUGGGAAGAAAAUGGAGACAAAAGAAACACAGACUGAUCCUAGACAGCCUGAAAGCAAGCAGAAAAAGCAUCAAGAUAUCCGUACAGAAACGAAAGGUUGUGAUGCAGGAAAUAUAGCCUGUGUUUCUCCUGGUAUAGGUACAGAGACUGAAAGUACUUCAGAGAAACCAGAUUCAUUUGGCUCUUCUAUUGUGGUAGACAGAGAGUUUCAUAACAAGAACCCUGCCAGCUCUACACAGUAUAGAAAUCUUCCUACUGGAAGCUAUGCUUUUGAGAAGGAAGAAGUGAGGAUAGAAUGUGGAAAUGGCUCUCUAGCUAUUCAGCUGUGGAAGUCCUUUAAGGACACAAUCCCGUUGUACGAUGUGGCAAGUGGUAAAGCAGUUCCAGAGAACAUAGUGCCGCAUGACUUAUUUUCUGUUAGCUCGUGUGAAGGCAUGAUAUAUGGCCCUCGUGAAGGGGAGAAUAUGCUGCCAGGAGCUUCCUUAGAUGAGAGAAAAGCUCUUGUCACCUCCAAACAGGGUGCUCAAACUGUGCAAGAGAAAGAUGUCCAGAAUAAUGAAGUGAAGCUGGAUGCAGAAAAACUGGCAAAAUCCUCCCCAAGUGAAACCAUGGCAGUGCAAAUCACAGAGCUGGCAAGAUCUGUUGGUGUAGAUCAACCAGUGGUUAUAGCUAAGAAAUCUAGCACUAAAAGGUCUGCAGGAUCAAAAACUUCUCAAGAGGAGCCCAGCUUCAUUCAACAAGCAGGACUACUUCCAUCUAAUAUGGAGGUAAUGAGUGACUUUCAGCAGAAAAAGCUGAAUUUAAGCCACGGUGCAACCAAUGAAAGUCAGACAGAAAAAAGUAUCUGGUGUGACAAAUCAACUGAGAAGUUUGCUCCUUCCAGCAGCUGGCUGGCUUGUUUGGACAGCAUGGACACAAACUACGAGGUUUGUUUGCCACAAAAGAAGCAUCAAAGUGUAAUCAGUCUGUCUUCUGAUGACGUGUCCUCUAGAGAGGAAGGCUCAUCAAUUGAUAAUGCCCCAGUGUCUUAUUUUGUGCCUGACUAUGUGCUCCAGAAAAGCAUGUAUAGUUUUCAGGAAAGUACAGAGGAGUUAGAGAAAGAGCAAAUUAGAAGUGGUGGGUCCCUUAAUGUAGAUGAAGUGGUAGGAAAGGAGCAGGUGAACAGCUUGAAUGACCAAGAUGUCAGCUCUUCAAACACAAAGAUCAAAGAGGCUUCCAGUAAAGGUAGAAAGCUGGGAACCCUUUCUAGGUCCUCUGGUAGGAAAGAAAUUGAUUCUCUCAACAAAAAAGCAACCAAGAGUUUGUCAGAAGUUGAGGACUCUGAAGAAUAUUCUGUAAAGGGAGAAGAGGACGAUGAAGAUGGAGAGGAUGAGUAUGAGGAGGAAGAGGAUGAUGACAUGGAUGAAAUUGAGUAUUUCUUUCAAGAAGCCCCCACAUAUGGCAUCUUGAGGCCAAGUAAAGGAAAUUUAUACCAAGUUGGCCAGAGAGUGCUUUGGAAACCACCUAAAAACACCGUACCAGCACAAUUAAUUUGCUGGCCUGCUCAAGAGAAAACAAAAACUAGGAGUGGGCUUGUUGAAAACAUUGGUGUAGUUUACAAGCCGAAAAAGAGAGAACAAGAUGAAGCUGUAUACAGUGACUAUGGGUAUUAUGGAAGAAAGAGGCCUAUGACAAGAAGAGAAGGACUUGAACACCAGAGGAUGCUACGGAAAUUCUUGGGAGGAAGGCUGUUAAGGGAGAACAUGGGGAUACCACCUGAAGAGUAUUGGAUUAGAAGUGGUGCUAAACCCAGAUUUACCAGCCAAAUACGUGGUAGUUUCUCACCUCCAGCAAAGAGCAAAGAACAAGUGUGCCCACCUUUGGUUAAACCAAAGAAGAAAAGAAUGGGCAAGCCACCUUCAAAACGCAGAGACACGAGACAUGAGGUGGAGGAAGUAGAAAUGUGGGAGCUGCCUAAACACAGUGUACACAAAGGGCAUGGAACAAGGAAGUCCCUCUCUAAGAAAAGAUAAUUCCAAAUAUUGGGGCAGAAGGGGGGGAAUAACAAAGAUUAGUUUUGUAUAAAUUCAAGAUUUGAUUAUUAUUCUCUUGUAUAUUUUGUAAGUUGCUGUUCACUCUAAAAGGGCAAGAAGUGACACUAUAAAGACUGAGGACACAGUUAAAAUGGAAUGAAGUAUUUAACACCAAAGUCACCUUUUUAUAACUAGCACCUCCACUAUUUAAAUAAUAAAAUUCAUAGAAUUGCACUUUGAGGCUCCUUGUGUUCCAUCUUUACACAGUGGUAAAAAACCUUGAGACGGCCAUAUAUGUACACAAUUGCUAUUAUAGCAUGACAAUUAUUGCUGUUCCUAAACUCUGCAGGAUUGUGAAGCCUGUCAUGUCAUCUCAUAGUCAUAUGAUGUGGACAUGAGGACAAGAUUCUUUUCCAUCAGCUGGAUUUGUUUUUGUCAAAAUGUAAAGGAACGUAGUUACAGCUGUAUGAAGUCAUGUGCUGUUUAAAAGUUUCAAGGCAGUUCCUCAGAUUUUACUCUCAUGACUGGGGAUUAAAACUAAAGCAUUAAGUUGAUGUGAUACUUCCUCUCGUCCCCUUUUUCUCUGGAGAUUUGAGUUCUCUAUGGAGACCCUGUGCUGGAAAGAUGGAUCUGAAAGGUAAACCAGAAUUUUUUAGUGGUGUGCCCUGUUUUCUGACCUUUUACUGAUGACUUCUAUGACUUAGCAUUGAUACUGUCCCUGGAAGUCUCUUUAUAGAACUAAGAUGAUAAAGCUAAGUCUGUGCUGAGCUGUCUUAUGAAUAAUGGUAAGAGACUGAUCUAGAUGAGGGGGAUAGCUCAAAAAUAUGUAUUUUUUCUCAUGUCAAUGAAGGCUAUUAUCACUGUGUGAGAAGAAUAAAUAUAAUCUUGCCAGUCUUGAAUGAUUCCCAAAUAAAGUGACAGUGUCAGUGAAGAAGAUAGGGAAACAAAAACAAAAAAAACCAACCAACAACAACAACAACAAAAAAAACCCCAAAAACCACACCCAAACAAAAAAACCACAAAAAAAUCAAAACAAACAA